AUGGAUAAGAAAAAUACCCAAGAAGAGAAAAAUUCACAAAGCUCUUAUUCCGAGGGCGGAAUUCGCGAACUUUUGGAUCGUUUAGCACUUCGUUCUUCAGUAGAAGAAGAAAAGGAAGCUCCAGCCAAGACAUAUGAUGAUUACAAGUUUUGGAAGACCCAACCAGUUCCUAAAUUUGAUGAAGAAUGCGAAGCUGAAGGACCUAUUGACCCAAAUACUGACAUUGAAAAGGUUUCAAAGGAACCCUAUCGUUUAUUGAAAGAGUUUGAAUGGACAACCAUGAAUUUAGAAGACGAUAACGAGUUGCGCGAGGUUUAUGAACUUUUAACGGAAAACUAUGUGGAAGACUCUUCCGCGAUGUUACGAUUUGCUUAUUCCGCUGAAUUCUUGAGAUGGGCUUUAAUGUGCCCCGGAUACGUCAAAGAUUGGCACGUUGGUGUUCGAGUCAAGGCUUCCAACAAGUUAGUUGCAUUCAUUUCGGCAGUGCCUUUGGUGAUUCGUUUGCGUGACAAACUGUUCGAGAAGUGCGCUGAAGUUAACUUUUUGUGUAUUCACAAAAAGUUACGUAACAAACGUCUCACACCUCUUUUGAUUAAGGAAGUUACUCGUAGAUGCCAUCUUUUGGAUGUUUGGCAAGCUGUUUACACUGGCGGUAUUUUGCUUCCUAGUCCAGUUAGUGUGUGCCGUUACUUGCACCGCAGCCUAAACUGGAAAAAGUUGUAUGAGAUUGGCUUUGCUCCUCUUCCAUUUGGAAGCUCUCCUACUAAGGAAAUGGCCAAAUAUCAUUUGCCCUCUGCGACAGCAACUCCUGGAUUGCGUCCUAUGGAAAAGCGCGAUGUCGCCCAAGUUCAAUCUUUACUGUCUCGCUAUUUAGAGAGAUUUGAAUUGGCACAUUUCUUUACCGAAACUGAAGUGCAACACUCGUUUCUCGGCGAUAGCGAAGUUUCUAAAGGACCUGUCAUUUGGAGCUAUGUAGCAGAAGAUCCUAAAACGAAGAAAAUCACUGACUUUUUUUCCUUUUAUUCACUUCCUUCCAGUGUCCUCGGCAAUCCUCAAUACAAUGAUAUUAAAGCAGCUUACUUGUAUUAUUAUGCUUCCGAUUCUUAUCCUAAAGACGAUUCCAAGGCUUCUUUGGAUACUUUCGUUGAAAGAUGCAAGCUUUUGAUCAAGGAUUCCUUAAUUAUUGCUAACCGCCUUCGUUUUGAUGUGUUCAACGCCGUGACCGUAAUGGAUAACAACCUAUUUUUGAAAGACCUUCGAUUUGGUGAAGGUGAUGGCUACCUCAAUUAUUAUAUCUAUAACUACCGCUGUCCUAAGGUUCCCGGAGGAAUUGACUCUCAAAACAAUAUUGACAAGUCAAGACCGAGCGGUAUGGGUUUUGUUAUGAUUUAA